AUGGCGGCGUCAGCAGCACUUACAACAGUCAUUAACAAAUCAGUAGAGAUAGCUGCCAAACCAUUUGGCGAAAUAGUUUCACGCUCGUAUAGAUUGAAGGAGAACAUGGAAUGGAUUGAACGACAAAUGAGACACUUCAAAUCGUGUCUCAAAGAUGCAGAAUUGAAACAAGGAAACCACGAAGUAAAAAACUUGAUAAAUGAUAUGAGAGAUCUUGCUCUGGACAUCGAGGAUAUUUUGGACGAUUACCUCCAAGAGAUUGAAUCGCACGAGAAAAAGGGGCUAUUUCAAUUUGUUAAGUUUGCUGCUUGUAUAUUAUGUUAUGUUUGCGCUGCCAGUGACUUUGUCCAGGAAAUUGAAAAAAUCAAGAGCCGGGCCCAAGAAAUUGAAGAUACUAGACAAAGAUGUCGUAUUAAUCUUGAUACGGAUGGAGGAGAUCUGAGUAGGUUGACUUUCCUUGAGUUGAGAGGGAGAUUUGAAAGGAUGCCUUCAACCAUAAGGAAUCUCAAGAAAUUGGUGACAUUGGAUAUUCAACAAGCAGAUUUUAAUUGUGGUUUGCCAACAACUAUUUUCAGGAUGAAGCAUUUGAAGUAUUUAAUCUUAGGCCAUGAUAAAACGUUUGAGUCUAACAAAUGCACAAAUUUGAAUGUCAGAAAUGAGGUGUAUUUACCGAACGUAGAAACUUUAUAUGGGAUGCCUGGUACCAUUUUGAAAGCUAGCUCAUUAAAAAAUCUCUCCAACUUGAGAGAGCUGUUAUUAUACGAGAUUAAUGACCAAUGUAUAAAUGUCAUAUCUGGUAAAACACCCAUAUCGGAGAAGCUCCAUGACUUGGAAUUGGUGUUCACUCAGAAUUUUGAGAGGUUAAACUUGUCCCGCUAUGACCGUCUUGCUAAGUUGAUUCUGGGUGCUGAAUCUGCUUUUCCAUUAAUCAAGCUUGACAUCAUUGAAUUCCCUCCAAACCUUAUCUACGUUGGACUUUUGCUCAUGGAAUUCACUGAGGAUCCAAUGAAGGUACUAAAGGAACUACGCAAAUUAGAGCUCCUCGAAUUGAUGUAUUGUAUAUACAGCCAAUCAAUCACGAUGGAUUUCUCAGGAGAAAACAGCUUUCCAGAGCUUCGAGUGUUGAAAAUUAAUGGAUCAUUUCCGGAGUUGAUUGUGGAUCAAAGAGGGAUGCCAAAGCUUAACAAGUUUGUGUGCAACCAAAAAGACUUAAAUGUUCCCGAGAGACUACGUGAAAUAAUGGUGGUGGAGGACCUUCGAAGUUUGACCACCAUUCAAGAGGUGGAGUUUUUCAUAUGCUCGGUGUUGACUAUUCUAGGCUACAUUACUGGGAUAAUUUAUGCUCUCUAUGCAAUCGUUUUCGUUGAUUGCGAUCGGUUCCGUGACGAUUGCUAUCAACUUGCUUAG